GGCAAUAGCGGUAGCGUGCUUCACAUUUCGCUUGUUUUUUGUGUGUAUAUUUGUUAUUGUGCGUCGUGGUUCUAGGAUUGCAAGAGUCGUUUUGUAAUUAUACUUUGUUGAUGAUUUAAAGUUUUUACUCGUUGUUAUUUUUUUAUAUAUAUUUUUGUAAAUACAUUGAAGAUGAUGAAUAAUAAUUCCCCUCAAAGGAAAACUAGCAAUACUCGAGAAAUCCCUGGUAGAGUGGUAAUUAAUGAUCCGUCUCAAUUACCUAUAGACUACUCUUCUACACCUGGUGGGAGCAUUUUUUCCACUACUCCAGGGGGUACUAGAAUUUUUUAUGAUAGAGCAUUUUUAAUGCAAAUGCGGAAUUCUCCAAUCGCUCGAACUCCUCCAAAGAAUUUGCCGAAUAUUCCUGGCAUUACUAGUCCUAAUCAUAAGAAACCAAAGGAAAAUGGCACUGUGGAGCGCAUUGAGGAAAAGAAUGAAAACCAUGAGGAUGCCCUCUUUACAAUGGAUGUGUAACGCUCCAACUUAAAAAGCUUAGACCUUGGGUUUUCCGUGCCAUUGUUAUCUCUGUUACAUUCUAAAAAGCCAUCUUAUGUUUGUAAGGAAGACCAGUCUUGUGUUUAGGAUCACUAUACUCAACCAAGCUGAGAUCUGCCAAAUUUGUUAUACUUGAUAUGUUUUUUGUUAAAGCAAAACGUUUUGCGUUAACUUCUGUACCUCUUACAGCCCAGUCAUAAACUGGGUGGUUUUGUUACUUGCAGAAUUGUUAUAAGUCAGUUUUUUUGACUUGAUGAUAUGUUUUGUAUUUGAACCACCAUGAUAUUUUUCUCUCUCUUUUUUUUUUUUUUUUUUUAGUCUAUAAAUGGAUGUUAUGAUAUACUUACGAUUUGUUUUUGUUGCAUGGCCAAGGUUAGCAAAUGUGAAGGAGAUUGCUUUUUAUAGUAAUAAAAAGUCAUUAUUUUCUGGUUCGA